CCCCCGCCCUACCCUCACGCGGCUAUAAAGGGCGGCGGAGAGGCGCUGCGCCACCUCCUCACUGCGCGCCGGGCGGUUCGGAGGCAGCAGGAACAUCCCGAAGCGGUAAAGAUGGUGAAAGUCGGAGUCAAUGGAUUUGGCCGUAUCGGCCGCCUGGUCACCCGGGCUGCUGUCCUCUCUGGCAAAGUCCAAGUGGUGGCCAUCAACGAUCCCUUCAUUGAUCUGAACUACAUGGUUUACAUGUUCAAGUAUGAUUCUACUCAUGGCCACUUCCGGGGUACUGUCAAGGCUGAGAAUGGGAAACUUGUCAUCAAUGGGAAUGCUAUCACCAUCUUCCAGGAGCGUGACCCCAGCAACAUCAAGUGGGCAGAUGCUGGUGCUGAAUAUGUUGUGGAGUCUACUGGUGUCUUCACCACCAUGGAGAAGGCCGGGGCUCACCUGAAGGGUGGUGCCAAGCGUGUGAUCAUCUCUGCCCCCUCUGCUGAUGCUCCCAUGUUCGUGAUGGGUGUCAACCAUGAGAAGUAUGACAAAUCUCUGAAAAUUGUCAGCAAUGCUUCCUGCACUACUAACUGUCUGGCGCCCUUGGCCAAGGUCAUCCAUGACAACUUCGGCAUUGUGGAGGGUCUCAUGACCACUGUCCAUGCCAUCACAGCCACACAGAAGACAGUGGAUGGGCCCUCUGGGAAGCUCUGGAGGGAUGGCAGAGGUGCUGCUCAGAACAUUAUCCCAGCAUCUACUGGAGCUGCUAAGGCUGUGGGAAAAGUCAUUCCUGAGCUCAAUGGGAAACUUACUGGAAUGGCUUUCCGUGUGCCAACCCCUAACGUGUCUGUUGUGGACCUGACCUGCCGUCUGGAAAAACCAGCCAAGUACGAUGACAUCAAGAGGGUAGUGAAGGCUGCUGCUGAUGGGCCCCUGAAGGGCAUCCUGGCAUACACAGAGGACCAGGUUGUCUCCUGUGACUUCAAUGGUGAUAGCCAUUCCUCCACCUUUGAUGCGGGUGCUGGCAUUGCACUGAAUGACCAUUUUGUCAAGCUGGUUUCCUGGUAUGAUAAUGAAUAUGGAUACAGCAACCGUGUUGUGGACUUGAUGGUCCACAUGGCAUCCAAGGAGUAAGCUGAGCACACAGGCCCCCCUGCUGCCUCGGGAAGCAGGACACUCCUUUGUUGGAGCCCCUGCCCUUGUUCACCACCGCUUAGCUCUGCAUCCUGCAGUGAGAGGCCAGUUCUGUUCCCUUGUCUCCCCCACUCCUCCAACUUCUCCCCGAACCUGGGGGAGGUGGAGAGGCUGAUAGAAACUGAUCUGUUUGUGUACCACCUUACAUCAAUAAAAGUGAUCACCAUCUGAAAA